CCGAGCAAAGGAUGGGGGCGUUUGAGGAGGGCGCGCCCCUUCCAGUCCCGCUCUUGUUUCCCAGCAAAUCCCACCCUUCCAUUUAGCAGAGGGUGGGGGGCGGCGCCCCCUCCUCUCCCCUUCCCCUCGCCCUCCACCGCCUCCCUUCUCUCCCUCCCGCGCUGGUCUUCCCCUUUAAGGCCGCGGGGAGGGGGCAGCCCCCCUCGCCCCCUCCCUUCCCUUUAAGACUAGCGGCGGCGACCGCGCAGGCGCAGGGGUGGGCGCGGGGGCCGCCGGGAGAGGCGGCGAUGGAGGCUGCGCGGGCCGCGGGGGGCAGCUGAGGCCGAGGAGGCCGGGCCGGGGCUGGGCCGGAGCUGGGCCGGGCCGGGGCGCGCAGGGGCCUCCUCCCAGAUCCGAGCCCUGCAGCCAUGGCCACCCUGGUGAUGUCCCGGGAGGAAAAGCUGAGCCAGGAUGAGAUCGUGCUGGGCACCAAGGCCGUCAUCCAGGGGCUGGAGACCCUCCGGGGCGAGCACCGGGCCCUGCUGGCCUCCCUGCUGGAGAACGUGGCCGGCCGGGAGGCAGGCGAGGCCGAGCCCGGAACCCAGGAACGCUCGGGGCUCCUGCGCAGGUCCCUGGAGGCCAUCGAGCUGGGGCUUGGGGAGGCUCAGGUGAUCCUGGCGCUGUCGGGCCACCUCGGGGCCGUGGAGUCGGAGAAGCAGAAGCUGCGGGCUCAGGUGCGGCGCUUGGUGCAGGAGAACCAGUGGCUGCGGGAGGAGCUGGCGGGCACCCAGCAGAAGCUGCAGCGCAGCGAGCAGGCCGUGGUCCAGCUGGAGGAGGAGAAGCAGCACCUGCUCUUUAUGAGCCAGAUCCGCAAGCUGGACGAGGACCCUUCUCCCAGUGAAGAGAAGAGGGAUGUUUCCAAGGAUUCUCUGGAUGACCUGUUCCCUAAUGAGGAUGAACAGAAUCCAGGUAAGAGUGGGGGGGAGGACACGGGUCUCUUACCUGCCAGAAGGUCACAGUCCACAGGGACCGGGGGUGGGGGCCCGGGAGCCAGGGCCCCGGGUGGAAAACACAGGGCCAAGGAGGCCGAGAUCCCCGGCCCGGACCCCAAACCCUGGGGGCACAAGGAAGGACCCCGUUUCGGGGCCCUGGAGAUCCGAGAAAAGGUGCUGGGUAAAUUCCACCCGGACGUGGCCAAGCAGCUGAAUAACCUGGCCCUGCUCUGUCAGAACCAGGGCAAGGCCGAAGAGGUGGAAUACUACUACCGGCGGGCCCUGGAGAUCUAUGAAGUUCGGCUGGGCCCCGACGACCCCAACGUGGCCAAGACCAAGAAUAACUUGGCCUCCUGCUAUCUGAAGCAGGGGAAAUACCAAGAUGCAGAAACCCUGUAUAAGGAGAUCCUGACUCGUGCCCACGAGAAGGAGUUUGGCUCAGUCAAUGGAGAAAACAAGCCCAUCUGGAUGCAUGCUGAAGAACGGGAGGAGAGCAAGGAUAAGCGUCGGGACAGCACCCCCUACGGAGAAUACGGCAGCUGGUACAAGGCUUGUAAAGUGGACAGCCCCACGGUGAACACUACGCUGCGGAGUCUUGGGGCCCUCUACCGCCGGCAAGGGAAGAUGGAGGCAGCUCACACGCUGGAGGACUGUGCCAGCCGCAGUCGGAAGCAGGGCCUGGAUGCCGUGAGCCAGACUAAGGUGGUGGAGCUGCUGAAAGAUGGCAGUGGGCGAGGGGAUCGUCGCAGUGGCCGCGAGGGAGCCGGAGGCAGCGCGGGGUCUCGGGCUGAGCUGGAGCCCGAGGAUUCAGGGCCCACUGCUGAAUGGUCUGGGGACGGGAGCGGUUCUCUCCGGAGAAGUGGCUCCUUCGGGAAACUCCGUGAUGCCCUGAGGCGCAGCAGUGAGAUGCUUGUGAAGAAGCUGCAGGGGGUUGGCCCCCAAGAGCCUCCAAACCCCCGGAUGAAGCGAGCCAGUUCCCUCAACUUCCUCCACAAGAGCACAGAAGAGCCCACCCAGUCCAGCAACACCAACCUGUCCGACAGCCGCAUGCUCAGUUCCAGUUCUCUUGACCUCUCUCGACGGAGCUCUCUCAUUGGCUAACGGGCAGGGGUGGAGGGUGGGCCUAAGUUCCCGCUGAGCCCGCCCCCCCAUCUCCUGGGCCCUCCGUGGCUGCUGGUCCUGUCCCACGGGGCGGGGGGCGCAGGGGGAUUCCCAAGCACCCGCCCCCCUCCCCCGAGGCUGCCCCCCGCAGGCCCCCCUCUUUUUUGUUCAAUCUCAGGGUAACCUCUCCCCCUGUCAUUUCAGGCUUAGCAGCUCCAGGCUUAGUCCCCGCCCCCGCACAGUCUAGCACCGUUAGUCACACAGCCUAGAGGUGUCCUCUUGGUGACAGAGUGCAGAGAGGAGCCAGCCCCCCCCCUGUAUUUAUUUCCCUCUUCUCAGCGGAAGCCAGGAAAGUGAACCGCCUCCUCAGGGCCUGACACACCUUCCCAAAGCAGUCCCAGCCCCGCGGCCCCGGGGGGGCCCCCAAGGCCGGACCACACUAAGCAGCUCCCCCCUCCCCCGGCCUCUGCUUCUGUAUAUAGAGAACUAAGUUAUUGGCCGCCGCCCCCCGAGCCCUGUCCAUGGUACCGCCCUCAGCCCUCCCCGUCUCACCGGGGCGCCACAGGCCUUAGUACCUCCUUCCCAGAGGACGGGAGCCGCCUUCUCCCCCCCCCCCCCACUCCCGCAGUGUCACUAGCGUAGGACUGGGGCCCCGCCCCCCCACGCACUUCCUCCCUCAUCCAGGAUAGCUGGGAACGGUUUCCAGACCCCCCUUCUUUCCCUCCGGGUGGUGGGGCCGGGGCCUGAGCCUGAAACCCGCUCCCUCUGAGCCACUUUACAGGGACUUGUAACCCUUCUCUGCUGCCCCGCCCCCCCCCGGUACCGCCCGCUGAGCCGCCCCUCCCCCCGCCCCUGCCGCUUCGGAAACUUCCGGUUCUCCCCCUCGGACUGCGAGGGGCGGGGCUGCACUCCUUCCCUGUGGCUCGGGGGGGCGGGGCCGGGAACCCGUUUGCUUUGUUCAAAUGUUGCUGUAGAAAUAAAGACGGUUUGAAUCCAA